CGACUCUCCCAUGGAAGAGGGGAGAUGUUUCCAAGACAUGUUGAGGACAUUACCCAGCUCCUGACGCUUCAAGUACUGGAAAGCUAUUCCAAUUACAUGGCGUUACAGGCAGCGAAUUCGCCCCUUCGCACACCCCAUCCCAGCCAGCCUCAGGACAAAGUUGCUCCGGCUUCUGUGAAAGAAGCCUUAGCCCCACUUGAACUUCUUCACGGAAAGACUUUCCUCUCCGCACUCAGCAUCGCACUGCAUGGUAAGGAGUCUGUUGUUCGCUAUGUUGAGGAUAAUAUUUGCGCCGCGCACAUGCCCUCACUCCCAAACGCACAACCAACAACCGAGAAUGAAGAAGAAUCCCCCCGUCGUACUUUGGCAGGUACAUCUUUAUCCACUGCACGAUAUAUCUAUCGCGUUGGUGAGCAUAUACUGCUUUCGGAGUAUUACUGCCCAUGUUCAGCCUACGCCUAUCAGUCGGUGCGGCGGAAAAAGGUUUGGUGUUGUAAGCAUAUUCUGGCACUCCGUCUCUGUCUUGCAUUAGAGUCAGCGGGUGUAGAACAACAUAAUAUACAAAUUCUCGUUAUCGAUCCCAAAACCUUUGCUGAUCUGCUCGCCGAAGUCAACUACGAAAAAGAGGAUUCAAAAUAUAAAAAAUGAGCCCUCGCUAAAUAACAGGAGCCUCAAAUAUAGAAGCAUUUUUACCUUUGUAGUUGCAUCAAGAAGUGCUAUGUUGAUUACAAAAGUUUAUUUACCAUUCCGGAAAUACAAGGGGGCAAUGGAAGGGGCAAGGCUCUCUCAGAGUAGUUCACGCUACAUUCGAAGUUAA